UAAGGACUCAUCGACCCGCAAGGCGCCAUAUGCUGUCUCGCUUGUACAGUAGGAGCACUGUUUACUGAUGACGCUGCCAUUACACACAUGGAGAGAUAACACAGAUAUCGGGUUUUAGCGGAUCCUGGACACGGAGGAUAACACAGAUAUUAGAGUGUAGCGGAUCAUUGAUACUGAAGAUGAAAAAACUCAAAUCAUACCUUUAUGUUACAGUUGUGGUGGUACUGAUCCAGAUAUGGCGAAUCACGUCUGCUGCAGAUCCCCCACCAGAGAUACAGAGCAAUGAGACGUUGUGUUUUUACUGCAAUGAAAGAAAAGUCAAUUUCAACUGGACGUACCAAGUACAAUCAGUAUUCCGAAUCCAGUGGAAGUUUGAGGACAUUUUCAUGGCAAAUAAAACAAAUCGUACUGUUGACCUGACACAGGAGUCCCUCAGUAUCAACCAGAACUACAGGGGCCGUUUUACCCUCCUAACUCCAGGUGAUGUUGGUUUUAGUCUCACCAACUUGAAGAGGGCUGACCUAGGAACCUACAGAUGUAUCGUUACAUUGGACAGCGGAACAGGAAUAACACUGCAAGGAGGUUUAGAAGAGAGACGUACUGAUAGACGGGAGAAAGUGAAGGCGUGCAGUGAUGAAGCUGCCAUCUUUAAGUGGACUCGGACUUGGGAGGAGCCUUUCCAACACGUACAGUGGCAGUUCAAUGAAACAACGAUUGCCAAUACAACCAAAGAAGGAAUCAGUAGGGAUUCACUGCGCAUCACAGCCGAGUACAAGCCUCGCUUCCAUCUGCUACAGGCAGGUGAUGUUGGGUUCCGGCUGGAGACGGUCAGCUCCGCGGACGCCGGAACAUAUGCCUCUGUCAUCACAUUUCCAAGCGGAAAAUUUAACAUUAUAUGGAAUUUGGAAGUGGAAGAAGUACAAAGUGGCAACUUGAGCAUUGUCAUCAACCAGGAGACGCUGUCCUGUGGGGAGGAGAGGAAGUCGGACUUCAGCUGGGUUUUCCUAAAUGUCUCUGGGGUAGAGAACGUGGAUAAGACAGGACACGCCCUACAUCUGCCGUCCGUUCCUACAUCGGGGUGGGUGUAUUGUUUCCGUCAGUCUGACUGUACAACGUCGUCGAUCUACAAUUUCACCAGGGAUGAGUCAGUCAAAGGUGAGGACCUCGAGAACGGAACAAUCAUCAUCCUCAUCACCGUGGUUCUUUCAGUCCUAAUCGUCAUCAUAGUGUCCAGUGUAGUGUUACUAUGGAAGCGUGCACAGCAUCGUGCACACACCAGCAACGAAUUGGAAAAGAAAGAAGCGGACGAGGAGAUGCUUCCGCAAAAAAACGCGGCAGUAGAUCUUAAGUUUAAAUGUCCCUUGAAAAUCAAAUGUUGUGGACAUGUAGCACAGUAGUGAUAUUUUGCAAUUUUGUUCAGUUCAUAUAAACUACAGUUGCAAUUGUUAUAACGUUUAAUGUCCGAAAUGUGAAUACCAUCAGUCACACUGCACUGUACAAAUGCAAUAAUAGUGCUCAAGUACACACACAUCACUGGACACACCUGGCUAUAGUGCUACAGGGAUACACAUGAUGACAGUAUUGGACACUCCUGGAUAUAGUGCUACAGGUACACACAUGAUGACAGUAUUGGGUACAUCUGGAUAUAGAGCUACAGGCAAACACACAAGAUGACAGUAUUGGACACACCUGGAUAUAGAGCUACAGACAAACAUUCACGAUGACAGUACUGGAAACACCUGGAUAUAGUGCUGCAGG